AAAGAGUCGGAGUUCGUGGUGGCUCGUGCCGCGUGCGUGGGGUUGGCCCGCCCUACCCUACCCGACCUCCAACUCCAAUCACUGAACCAUCCAUCAUCCUUCAGCCCCUACCGUUAUCGAAACCAAAACUAAAAAUUGUUUCUCUCCUUUCAUUUCCAUCGCUCAAUUUGAUUCCUCUUUCUUUUUCUCUCUCUUCUCUAUCCAGAUUUCAAAACAAAACAAAACAAAACAAAAAGGAAAAAGCAGACCUUAGAAUAUGCAUCGUUAAUUCAUGGACUAGUUUAGUCUAUAGAGUCCAGUCUGAUAAAAUUAAAAUCACCAUGAGUUCGAGACGAAUAUCCAAAAGCAAAAGCAGGGUUUAAAUUUGGUUUUGGUGAAUUGAGAGAGAGAGAGAGGGAGAGAGAAUGGGAACUGGAGCGUCGAAGAGUACGGAGGAGGGUGGGUCGCAGGGAAUGGGGGAGGAGGAGGAGCGAAACCAAGCCGGGGGGCAGUUGUAUGUGUCGUUGAAGAUGGAGAAUUACAAGCGCAAAGGAGACCUCAUUCCUCAUGUCUAUGGCUCCGUUCCUCUCGUUGGCUCUUGGGAUUCUUCUAAAGCUCUUUCGAUGGAACGCGAAUCCGCGUCAUUGUGGGAAUUGAGCUUUGUUGUUCCUCCUAAUCACGAAACUUUGGACUUUAAGUUCCUUUUGAGGCCCAAGUACAGUAAUGUGCCUUGUAUAGUUGAGGAAGGUCCAAACCGACAACUCAUUGGGGGUACCUUGCAAGGGGAUGCAAGGUUGGCUCUAUUUAGGCUUAAUGCUGAUGAAGUUCUAGAGUAUCGGGUGUUAAUUCAAGCCGAUAGGGUUUCGCCAUUUGAUCUUGCGGCUAGUUGGAGAGCUUAUCAGGAGAACCUUCGGCCUUCAGCUGUUCGUGGUAUUCCUGAUGUCAGUAUUAAUUCAGUGCCAGAGAUGAAUGCCGAGAAUGGCUCUUCAGCUAGUUUGGAACUUGAUCUUGAACAUUAUGUUGUUCCAGCUCCAACAACUUCUGCCAAUUCAGGUUUUUUUUAUGCAGCCAAUAACGCAGAGACUCCAAGGUCAUUAACUCUUGCUGGGGUUUUCUCUAACAUGGAUGGCUCAGGGAAUGUUUUACAUCCCUCUAAGGAUGGUAGUGUUUCUACUGAUCGCCCUGCAACCAUAAAGGAGAUGGAGGUAAUUGUCCCUGAUUCAUCCAGGAUUUAUUCAGGUUCUGGGGUAGUUGAAUCAAAGUCAGUUGGGACAUUUUCGCCUUCGCAAAAGCAAGAUGGUCAUAGGGGACUCCUUGUGGAUAGGGGUGUUGGAUCUCCAAGGCUAGUUAAAUCUGCUAGUGCAAGUACUUUCACUGUAGAUCUCAGAAUGGAUACAGAAACGAAGAAUUCAAUGCCGGCGGCUGCUGGAGCUGUUGCAGCUGCAGCUGUAGCUGAUCAGAUGCUUGGACCAAAGGAGGAUAGACAUUUGGCAAUUGUUCUGGUCGGUUUGCCAGCUCGAGGCAAGACAUUUACUGCAGCUAAACUUACCAGAUAUCUCCGCUGGUUGGGUCAUGAUACCAAGCAUUUCAAUGUUGGAAAGUAUCGGCGGCUUAAGCAUGGGGCAAAUCAGUCUGCAGAUUUUUUCCGAGCAGACAAUCCUGAAGGCAUGGAAGCACGUAAUGAGGUAGCAGCCUUGGCUAUGGAGGACAUGAUAUCUUGGAUGCAAGAAGGUGGCCAGGUAGGGAUAUUUGAUGCCACAAACAGUAGCAGGAAACGAAGGAAUAUGCUGAUGAAAAUGGCUGAAGGAAAAUGCAAGAUUAUUUUUCUGGAAUCACUAUGUAAUGAUGAACGCAUUAUUGAAAGAAAUAUACGCCUUAAAAUUCAACAAAGCCCUGACUAUGCGGAACAGCCAGAUUUUGAGGCUGGAUUGCAGGACUUCAAAGAUCGACUAGCCAAUUAUGAAAAAGUUUAUGAGACAGUUGAAGAAGGGUCUUACAUCAAAAUGAUUGAUAUGGCCAGUGGACACGGUGGUCAAAUACAAGUGAACAACAUCAGUGGUUAUCUUCCCGGGCGAAUUGUAUUUUUCUUGGUAAAUACACAUCUCACACCCCGCCCAAUUUUACUUACUCGGCAUGGGGAGAGUAAGGAUAAUGUUAGAGGCAGGAUUGGGGGUGACACUGCAUUGAGUGAUGCUGGAGAAAUUUAUGCAAAAAAACUUACCAACUUCAUUGAAAAGCGACUCAAGUCAGAAAGGGCUGCUUCUAUUUGGACAAGCACAUUGCAACGAACUAUAUUGACAGCUAGUCCAAUUGUUGGAUUCCCUAAGAUACAAUGGCGUGCACUUGAUGAGAUAAAUGCUGGAGUUUGUGAUGGAAUGACAUAUGAAGAGAUAAAGAAGAACAUGCCUGAGGAGUAUGACAGGGCGCGUAAGAAGGACAAGCUGAGGUAUCGGUACCCUCGUGGGGAGUCUUACUUGGAUGUUAUUCAAAGGCUAGAACCUGUAAUUAUUGAGCUUGAACGACAACGGGCACCUGUUGUAGUGAUAUCUCACCAGGCAGUAUUGAGAGCAUUAUAUGCUUAUUUUGCUGAUAGGCCUCUGAAAGAAAUUCCGCACAUUGAGGUGCCGCUUCAUACCAUAAUAGAGAUUCAAAUGGGAGUUACAGGCGUCCAAGAGAAACGAUACAAACUCAUGGAUUGAUUAAAAUUAACAAGCACUUUUAGUUUUUGAACUUUCUAACUCAAGAAAUGAGGCAAGUUUCCAUUCUUUUAAUUCUCAUUUGUUAACAAGAUGUAACAUCAGCAUAAAUGUGAUACAUGCAUUUAUAAUAAUAAUCAUCAAUCCUAAAGUGUUUAAAUUUUCA